AUGGAAGACGCCAAAGGGAUUAUUCCCAAUGCUGGGGCAUAUCCGUCACCUUCAGAUUCUGUCGCAACCGAGGUCGGUCAAAACUACGACCAGCCUAGAUCAUGGCCCGCACGCUUCGUCGACAGCUUCAAGCGCGACCCAAACGCACACGCGACACCGCCAGGAAUUGUCGGCUCGGAUGGAAAAGUGUUUGAUGUCGAGCAAGCGAAUGCUGCGACGGCCGACUCUGGCUUGUCUAGACAUUUGAAGGGCCGUCAUUUGCAGAUGAUUGCCAUUGGUGGUUCAAUUGGUAAAACGAGACUGUGUGCUUCAGUCAUGAAUUUUUACUCACAAAAGCCCCANGGUACUGGUUUGUUCGUCGGGUCUGGUUCAGCUCUUGCCAAUGGAGGUCCUGCUUCGCUAGUCAUCGCCUAUGGUAUCAUCGGUCUGAUGCUCUACUGUACCGUCCAUGCUCUUGGAGAGAUGGCCGUUUUGUUUCCUGUGGCCGGUUCCUUUUCUGCAUACUCAACACGCUUCCUUGAUCCGGCUUGGGGCUUCUCUAUGGGUUGGAACUAUGCUUUGCAAUGGCUAGUCGUGCUCCCUCUCGAGGUCGUUGCUGCUACCAUCACCAUUCAAUUCUGGAACGACUCGAUCGAUCCAAACGCUUGGGUUGCCCUUUUCUUGGUCGUCAUUAUCGCUAUCAACCUCUUUGGCGUUAAGGGCUAUGGCGAGGCGGAGUUCGUUUUCAGUAUCCUGAAGGUUAUUGCCGUUGUUGGUUUCAUCAUUCUCGGCAUCAUCCUGGACGUUGGCGGCGGUCCUGAGGGUGGUUUUAUCGGUGGAAAGUACUGGCGCAACCCGGGAGCUUUCAACCACGGUUUCAAGGGUCUUUGCAGUGUGUUUGUGACAGCCGCCUUUGCAUUUGCUGGAACCGAGCUGGUCGGUUUGGCUGCCGCUGAAACUGCUAACCCUCGCAAAUCUCUGCCUACUGCCGUCAAGCAAGUCUUUUGGAGAAUUUUCCUGUUCUACUUGGUCUCUCUGACUUUUGUUGGCCUUCUGGUUCCCUAUAACGACAAGCGUCUACUCAAUGGCACCAGUAGUGUCGACGCCAAGGCCAGUCCUUUCGUUAUCGCCAUCAGAAACGCCGGUAUUGACGGUCUGCCUUCUGUGAUGAAUGCUGUCAUCUUGAUUUCCGUUCUCUCGGUCGGCAACUCCUCCAUUUACGGUUCGUCGCGUACUCUCGCUGCGCUUGCCGACCAAGGCCAGGCUCCUAAGAUUCUUGGAUACAUUGAUCGCAAGGGUCGUCCGAUUGUCUCGAUCGCUAUUGCCUCGGCGUUCGGUUUCCUUGCCUUCCUCGCUGGUUCGGACAAACAGACCGAUGCCUUCAACUGGAUGCUGGCACUCUCUGGUCUCAGUUCUAUCUUUACCUGGAUCAGCAUCUGCCUUGCCCACAUCCGCUUCCGCAAGGCCUGGAAAGUCCAAGGCCAUUCUCUCGAUGAAUUGGCCUUCAAGUCUCAAGCCGGCGUCAUUGGCUCUUGGGUCGGCCUCAUUCUCAACUGUGUCGUUCUGAUCGCACAGUUCUGGACUGGUUUCGCGCCUAUUGGAUACGCCGAUAUGACGACCAGCGAACAGGUCAUGAAUUUCUUCGAGGUGUACCUUGCUGCUCCUGUCGUGAUUCUGUUUUACGUUCCUUACAAGAUUUGGUACCGCACAUCGGUCAUUCGCAGCCACAACAUGGAUUUGCACACCGGUAUCCGCGAGCUCAAUAUUGCUGAACUGGUUGCCGAGGAAAGAGCUGAGCAGGCUCAGUGGCCGAGGUGGAAGAAGGUGUACAAGUGGCUCUGUUAG